CACAGAGCAACCCCACCCGCCAUUUUUAUAUUAUCUGCGCACUAGCACCACCUCGGCUUCCCUGACUGGACCUGAGAGCUUGUGUUGUGUGCGAGGCGAAUGGCCCUGUCCGGGUGAGGGAGGGCAGUGUCAUGACGGGGUACAUGCUGCACGUCUACAUUAGGCUAACAAGUGACACUUCAUGGCUGCCAUGCACGGGCCAGUGGAUUUGUCAUGUGUGCACAAAGCCCUCACAGCGAACAUAGGCGUCUGCGAUUGUGAACAGCGCCCCCUACCGUAAACUGCACUGCACACUAUGUAUUCCCUGCGUAUUUGCUCUCGGCAGAAAGAUCAUUUCAGCCAUUUUCCCUAGACUGCCAGCCCCCCCACAUUACAAUGGUGUCCCCAGCCUGCACAGCCACACUGGUUCCCCGUGUUGCCACCGCGUAGCAGUCGGUCCUGACAACUACCCCGGCUUUAUGCACUGCUCUUAAUAUUCCCCCUCCCCCACUGCCAUUCUGCCCUGGCAGUCCAACCAGCGCUCUCCCCAACUACCCCAGCAGCCUCCUGACUGCAACCUCUUCCCCUCCCCCACGCAGGCUCCGCACGCCCUCCGUUCUAUUGCAGGCUAGCAGCAGUGGCCUCUGCGUGCUGUGCGGCGGGGGGAGGUAAUGCAGACUGCCGCGGGCUCCGGGCCUAGCGCUGUGUGAUGAGGGUGAAUGCCUGCACAGGAUGGAUGAUGCCUGUGAUCUAGGCAGGCUCACUCCUGGCUACUACAGCUCCAGAGAUCCAAAUGCCCCAUAUAAAAGGCGUUUGGGUGAGCGAAACCUCGAGGCACGGAAUGGACGUGGUGUGCCAUUGACUUCAGCCCUGCAAAAUAAUACACCAGGUUAUGGGCCGGAUUCCUCUUCCCAUUACAUUCCUCUUCGAAGGCUCCAAGACAUUGCCUCCAUGAUGGAUCUAGACGGCUUGAAUGGAUCACAUGAUAUGGAAAGACCAGAGCCAAAUUCUCAAUCUUACUUUUAUAAUCGUAGCGAGCUACCGAUUCAACCUGCCAGACCUGAACCCAACCAUUGCUAUUCAGAUGGCCCUAUGAAGACCAAUAAACCAUUAAGGAAUGGCAUGCAUCCACUGGAUUCUUAUCAUGUGGAACCUGAAUAUAGCAUAGACCACCUAAAUUAUAAUCUCGAUCGAUCAGGAUUUGGCGUGGAAAUGCCAGUCUAUGGACAACAGCCGACAGAAAGCAUGGGGGAAACAGCUUCCAAAAUGAAUACUCCUCCAAGCUUUGAUACAGAGUUAGAGGAUUUAGUUCCCUUAGAUUGGGGGGGUGAUGGUGAGAAUCCAAUGCAAAGUAAAGAAACUGAGAGAAAAACCUCUUUUUUAGCAAUGAUUCAAGAUCCAGAAAUUCCAAAUGGAGCUUACGCCAGUACAGUAUCAGAUAACCUUUUAGCACCCUCGCCGAUGGAUGGUGAACUCGCUGGCCAAGGUCUACUUUCUUCAGUGCAUGCAGGAGAUGAAUCAAUGUCUCUAGAUGAUCUCGAAGACUCUGAAGAGAAUCUUGAUCUGUCUCCUGGGAGCUUGGAAUUACAAGAUAAACGACAAAGGAGAACAUUUCCUGCCCCUUUAUUUGAAGAAGGGAAUGUUGUUUGGGCAAAAUUAAGCCAACGCCCAUGGUGGCCAUGCAGGAUUUGUGCCAGUCCUCAGCAGGACAUCAAUGAAGAGUGCACGAAGAAGCCUCCUCAGCAGUAUUAUGUGGAAACAUUGGGAGAUCUGUCUGAGAAGGUUUGGGUCAGCGCUAAAGCAGUUGUUCCAUUUAAAGGGGUUUAUCAGUUUGAAAGAUUGCCAGACCCUCCGCAUCCACAUAAACUAAGGGAAGGCUCACACAAGAUUCCAUCAAAACUUCUUUCAUUAUGGCAGUCAAGUAUUGCUCAUGCAGUAGACUGCCUUUCCAAGACUGGCUAUGGAGAGUUUAUGCAUCUGGGAAGUCAUGGCGACGAGCAAGUGGAGUCUGUUGGAAAGGAGUUCAAUGGCACAAUUAACAGCGGACUGAAUGGUUUUGUGAAGUCCUCUCUGCAUACCCCUCUCCCAUCCCCUUGUGCUAAAAGAAACACUCUUCAAAAGAAUGAAGGCAUAAACUGUAAGCCUAUAAAUAAGACUGCUGACAAGAGCAAACAGUUGCAUGCAGACUCUGUUAACGCUUUAAAACCGGUGUCUCCUGAUUAUUUGUGUAGCAUAAUCGAUGAUGCAAAGUUUACAGUGACUCCUUCUCAGAAGGAUGUUAAUGCCGGGCAAGGGUUUAAAGACACCUGUAGCCUUAAUCGGAGCGUUGGGUUCAGUGCAACUAGUUGUAACUUGAUUUCCAGCAUUUCCUCCAAGAUGUUGGAGAAGAGUGUCUGUCGUGUGGAGCAAAAUACUUGUUUGGCAGAAACAGAUUUUACUAAACAUCAAAUAGGAACCUUGAGUCCCCCUUCUUCUAAGCGGUGUGAUUCAGAAGAUGAAUUGUCUACAGGAAUGACUAAUAAGAAACGUGUGAGGGAUGCCUCCAGCCCUUUAAACUCAAUCAAGAAGCCUGCCACAUCUAGAGACACACAAUCCCCUAGUAAAGAGCAGCAUGCAGUGACCAGUAAAGCGGACAGUCCAGGUAUCCAUAGUAAUAAGUGUACUACACUAGUAUCUUCAGCAGUGCUGGGUAGCAGUUUUACCAGUAAAGGUACCCAUUCCAUGAAGGAUGAUGAGGAUAUUUCUCUAAAAGUUGAAAACAAAUCGGAUUUAGAUUUGGAAAGCUUAUCAUAUCCCAAACAUGACAAUGUCAAGGUAGGCUCUAAAACCAUCUCUACGCCUGUUUCCCCUUUACCUAGUAAGAAUGGGAAUGUGCCUGCAGCUUGCUUUGAGCCACAUAGAAGACCUAGUGGUCCUUUACAGGUGGGGGAUGUGAAGCAUUUAUUGUCUGGACUAAAAGAGCCAACCAACAGGGCAGGCAAAGAACACAAUUGUGAAAGUCCAGACUCCAAACUAUCUCUGCAGGAUAAAAAACCUAUGGAGCCAAGUUAUCAAUUCAGCACCCUGUUGAUGAUGAUCAAAGACUUGCAUGAUACCAAAGCAAAGGAGAGGCAAAUUAUGACUGGACAGAAUGCAGGUUCCUUACAUAGCAGUCAAGACCUUUCUUCUGAGUCAGUGGUAUGCAAGCAUUCGGUGACUGAUGUGAAUUCUGAACAUAAGGCUAAUGAAGGUGCCAGUUCUGUCAUAAAUGAUUCUUCUGCAGUACACUGUAACGCACCAUCACUGUCCACAGGUAGUGGGGAAGAGUCUGCAAACCUUAAUUCUAAAUUACCUUGCUCAAACAAAAGAUUUAUAAAACCAUGCAUUUUACAGAAAAGAAGAGCCCGAGCAGCAGACAACCUAAGUCCUUGUAAAGUAAUGAACUCUCCGUGUGAAGACACAUUGUUUUCAGAUCUUAGACAGAACUCGGUGGCUGGAAGUGCACCUGGUGGGGCAGAGCUGGAUUCUUCCUUCCAUUGCAAGCCAUCUCCCAAAAAAGACACACUAAAAAAAGAAAAUGUAGGCACUUUUGCACAGACAGCUAUAGAAACCCCUGAUGCAAGUAUAGCACAGCCUCACCAAAGUCUGACAAGUGAAACGCUUGUUCGUUGCAAGGAGCUGGUUGAACCAGAGUCCAAACUGAGUAAUGAGUGCCUAGGAUUGGACGAGUCUGAGGAGUCCAACUGUGUUGCACCAAAAAAGCGCUGGCAAAGGUUUAAGCAAGUGUGCCUAAACAGCAGCUCUUGUAGUCCUACUACUGAUCAGUGUGUCAAAGAUGAGGAGGCAUCUCAGGAGCAGGAUCCUUAUACCACACUUUCAGAGGCUGGGCUUUCUGAUGCUGUUACAAAAGCAGAGCCACCAAAGCAAGGGCCAAACUGGGGUAAGAAAUACAGGAAAAAAUCAAAAAAGAGAGUCCUAAAUCAUGCAGAUGAGCAAUGGAUGUCCAGCACUCCAAAGAAACGGAAUUGUCGACAGCCUGUCGCUUCUUCUCUGUCCGAAGUCACCAAAGAGAGAGGCCGGGUAGGUCGCCCACGUAAUAGUGACCGAAUUAAGGAAGCUGCUGAACAACUCAUACAGUCAACUUGUGAUAAAGAUGAUGGCUCAACUGUGGAAGCAAAUUCUCCAAGACCUCCUUGCACAAAUUUUUCCAUUAAAACAGAGGUUACCACUCCAUUGUCUUCAGAUGUCUCUGACCAACCUGGUGGGGGCGCAGAAUCUUCGCCGUCAAAGCAAGCGCAAUGUGGAAGCAGACGGAAAAGUAAGCUAAUUCCCAGAGUGUGUGAAUUUGAUGACUUGGAUGAACAGCUUGGCCUUCAAGAGGAUGAAGAUGAAAAUGAUUUUUCUCAUUCUAAGUCUUCAGUAGCCGUGUCUCUUAAGAAAACCUCCCUGAAACGUAUACGAUAUCGAGCAUCCAGCAGGCUAUCUGAAAACCAGAAGAGACGUAAACGACUAAGGCUUGCUGGCAGAUUUAGAAAGUCAAAUAACCUGAUGCGCCAGGAAUCCUCAAACUUUGAGAGAGAACUCCAUGAGAAUGAUGCGGCCAGUCCAAGUGACACAGCUGAAGACGGGCUCGAGCAUGAGCAUGGAACUGCCUCAAAGAAGGCCCAAUUUGAACGUGGUGGCGGAGGCGCUGCCAUGAAAGAGAAUGUGUGUCAGGUGUGUGAGAAGCCCGGAGAGCUGCUGCUGUGUGAAGCCCAGUGUUGUGGAGCAUUUCACUUGCAGUGCCUUGGUUUGAGUGACAUGCCACGGGGAAAGUUCAUCUGCAGUGAGUGUUCUUCAGGUGUGCAUACCUGUUUUGUAUGCAAGACCUCAGAUGAAGGGGUGAAACGGUGCUCUCUCCCUUUGUGUGGGAAGUACUACCAUGAAGAUUGUGCUUUUAAUUAUCCCCCCACCAUUCAACUAAAUAAAGGUUUUCGCUGUUCUUUACAUAUCUGUGUCACGUGUCAUGGCAACAACCCUAACAACCCAUCUGCAUCAAAAGGUCGUUUGAUGAGAUGUGUGCGCUGCCCAGUUGCCUAUCAUGCCAACGAUUUCUGUAUGGCAGCAGGAACAGUGACUUUGGCUUCGAAUAGUAUUAUUUGUCCAAACCACUUUGCUCCUCGUAGAGGUUGUAAGAACCACGAGCAUGUUAAUGUCAGCUGGUGCUUUGUGUGCUCUGAAGGUGGAAGUCUUCUUUGUUGUGAAUCCUGUCCAGCUGCCUUUCACCGUGAAUGUCUUAAUAUUGAGAUGCCCGAAGGUAGCUGGUUUUGCAAUGAUUGUAAAGCUGGCAAAAAGCCUCAUUACAAAGAAAUAGUAUGGGUUAAAGUUGGGAGAUACAGGUGGUGGCCAGCUGAGGUUUGUCAUCCAAAGAGCAUUCCCUCAAAUAUCCAUAAGAUGAAACAUGACAUUGGAGAGUUUCCAGUCUUGUUUUUCGGUUCUAAGGACUACUUAUGGACUCACCAGGCUAGAGUAUUUCCUUACAUGGAGGGGGAUGCCCUUAACAAAGACAAGAUGAGCAAGGGAGUAGAUGCUGUUUACAAGAAAGGACUGAUGGAAGCUGCAGAAAGAUUUGAAGAGUUAAAAGCACAGAAGGAAAUGAGACAAUUACAAGAGGAGAAGAAAAAUGAUAAAAAGCCACCACCUUAUAAGCACAUUAAAGUAAAUAAACCAGUUGGUAAGGUGCAAAUCUUCACUGCUGAUCUGUCAGAAAUUCCACGCUGUAACUGCAAGGCCUCAGAUGACAACCCUUGUGGUCAAGACUCUGAAUGCAUUAACCGUAUGCUGCUGUAUGAAUGCCACCCUUCUGUGUGUCCAGCUGGUGAGCACUGCCAGAAUCAGGCCUUUUCUAAACGCCAGUAUCCAGACGUGGAAAUUUUCCGAACUCUAAGCAGAGGCUGGGGACUUCGAUGCAAGGUCGAUGUUAAAAAAGGUGAAUUUGUUAAUGAGUAUGUGGGUGAAAUGAUUGAUGAAGAAGAAUGUCGUGCUCGUAUCCGCUAUGCACAGGAGCAUGAUAUCUCAAACUUCUACAUGCUUACCCUUGAUAAGGAUCGUGUAAUUGAUGCUGGGCCAAAGGGAAAUUUUGCACGCUUCAUGAACCACUGCUGCCAGCCAAACUGUGAGACUCAGAAAUGGACUGUGAACGGUGAUACUCGUGUGGGUCUUUUUGCCCUGUGUGAUAUCAAAGCUGGAACAGAGUUAACUUUUAACUACAACCUGGAAUGUCUUGGAAAUGGGAAGACUGUAUGUAAAUGCGGUGCUCCAAAUUGCAGCGGCUUCCUUGGCGUUAGGCCUAAGAACCAGCCCACUGUUUCUGAGGAUAAGGCCAGGAGAAAAUAUGUGAAACGCAAGAAAACUGAAAUGGUAAAAGAGCAUGAAGACGAGUGUUUCAGUUGUGGAGAUGGAGGACAGCUUGUAUCCUGUAAAAAGCCGGGGUGUCCUAAAGUGUACCAUGCAGACUGCUUAAGUUUAACUCGUAGACCUGCAGGCAAGUGGGAAUGUCCAUGGCAUCAGUGUGAUGUCUGUAGCAAGGAGGCAGCUUCAUUCUGUGAAAUGUGUCCUAGCUCGUUUUGCAAGUUGCACCGUGAGGGCAUGCUCUUCAUUUCAAAGCUGGACGGACGGUUAUCCUGUACAGAGCAUGAUCCAUGUGGACCACAUCCUUUGGAGCCGGGGGAAAUUCGAGAAACUGAAUCCUCGGCAGAAAAUAUGUCCUCUGGGCUAUCUCAACCAUCAAAGCACACUAGUGUGCGUAAUGUCAAGGAGAAAUGCUCAAGUAAUAAGCAGAAAUCGGUGCUAACCAAAGUGCUGAUGGCUCCAUCCGUGACUAGUACCUCAGAAGCUAGUAAUGUGUUGUUGGCUCUUGGAGGAAAUUCCCUGCCUUCUGCAAAGGUUUUGGUAAGCCCCUCUGAGAAAACAUCUCUACCAGCUGGAAAAUUACUUCUGACCCCUGGUAGCCAGAAAUCACCUGUGGGUGGGAAACUAUUUCUUGCAUCAUCUGCACAGAAACAGUUGCCUGCAGGGAAAGUCCUUUUGGCCUCUUUAGGAAAGAAAGCUUUAUCUCCUGGUAAGGUUUUGUUAGCUUCUAUAGAUAAAAAAAAUCUACCUGCUGGGAAGGUAUUAUUGACUUCCGUUGGUAAAAACUCUUCAUCAGUAAGUAGAGUGCUGCUAUCUUCUGCAGGGAAACAGCCUGUGUCGUCUGGGAAGGUUGUAUUGGCAACAGCUGGAAAAUACCCGAUAGAGUCUGGAAAGAUGCUAGUGAAGACCGCUGCUGUAAAACGCCAGAUCAUUGAAGAAAAGCCUAUUCUCGGUGAUGGAGAUAAAGACCCAAAAGAGAUGCCUAAUCCUGUUAAUUCAUGCUUGGAUGGAAUAGAAACUGACAGCACUGUUUAUUCUGUAAAGAGACCACUUCGGGUUCCAGAAGACCAAUCUUAUUCUUCUUUACAGGAACAAAUGACCCCAGUCACUACUGAAAAGAAGCCAAAUGUGUUACAAAAAGUAAGCAGUCUCCAGCAUCUAGUAAGUGUUAAAAAUUGUCUCUCGCAUCCAGUAGAACAGUCAAAUAGAUCACAUAGCCAUACCGGUGCAGAUAAGCCAACCACAGAGAAACCUACAUGUUCUACGGCAACUGAGCAAGAGGAAGGGCCUGCAGAUUCAGUACAGAACUUAGGCCCUGCUUUAGAAGACCAAACCAAUGAUGAGAAAACUUCUAACAGUCUACCUGGAUAUCUGCCGGUUGGCAUAGUAGAAAACACAUUUAUUGGUGUUCAGCAAAAGGAGUCUGUUUCUGUAGAUCAAAACUGUGCUACUCAUUGUCAGCCAAAAACUGCAUCUAGCCCUUGUCCAGCUCCCCCUGUGUGUAUAGCACCAGACAAGGAAUGACCUCUGGGACUACAGUAAAGGACUCAUUGUUGUGACAUAUAUUUUGGAUGUGGCUGUCAUGUGUCCCCACACACAGUUUCAGCAUCAUCGGUAUACAGACUCUUGACAAGCAGGCGGCUGCGUUCAGAUUUUGCUUUAGUUGUCUGCUUCUUGUGGUUACAGACUUGCGAAUUGCAUAAACUGAUGAACUGCUGAAGUCCUAAUGAAUCAGUGUGUCUAGUGAAUCAGGUUAAUCGCUUACCUUUUGAAAGGGGCUGUAUUCUGUAAAAGAGCAAUAAGGCACUUCUAUCAGUGUGGUAAAUCUGCAAAUACUAUGGGCCUUGAUGGCUGGGAAAAGAGGAGGUGCCUUAUUACAGUGAGAUGUGGAUAUCAGGAAGCCUUUAAAUGCCAGUGGACCUCAUGGGGUUGUUAGUGUGCGUUUGGUUAGAAUACCUGUUCUUGCCUGAUCAAAUUAUUCUAAUGCUGAGAUCUGUUACUGCAUGUCUAAGGUUUCGUCCUAUGACAUAGGGUUGGAGAGACAACCUCAAGAUAUUUGUUAGUCAUGCCAAAAUACAACUACUAUUGAUGACUAGUAUUAUGGAGCACAUCGUAGGUUGUUACUGCAGUAUUAAAUCAUUGUUACUCCUUCCACCAUUUAACCAUGCAGAUACAUCUUAUGGGAGUUGAACAGCCUUAUUUCAGAUUUUCAUGCUAGGUCCAAGGAGAUCUCUGGCACAUAAGGAUAAUAAUAAAAUCCCACAUGCAUAAUGUUGUCAACCUGCUACAAGAGAAGGCCUAGUCUUAAAUCGGUAGUGCUGUAUUCAUAUAUUCAGCUGAAAGAUCCCAUCAGGAUAUUAGCAGAAUGAAUGACGGUGAAGCAAAGUGAUUUUAAAAGGUUUCCCAGUUUUGUGUAACUAAAGAUUUAUCACUGUGUAAUGAAAUUUAUCAUGUCUUGCUUCAGAUCCUCAACUUGUAAAAGGCAAUCUGUCUCCAGUUUUAUACCGAGAGCACUGUAAAUUGAUAGACAGAGACCCUGGGUCAGAUGCUGGGUCACUUUCUGGAAUUGACUGGGCUCUUUAUUGCAAUUUAGUAUUUAACAUAUUCAUGAGCGCCCAACUUUUCCCACCCUCGGUGCCAAUUGCAAUGGGAAUGGUGCUAUGUGUGCCGUUGGAGGGUUGGACGCUUAUGAAUAUGUUAACACCCUAGCAUGCGCUCUGUAUUGAGCAGACUCAGUUCUGAUUUUAGCAUUUCAUGUCGACUGGUCAAUUCAAGAAACUAACCCAGUGUUUUGCUCAAGGUUUCUGUCACCAGUUUACUCUGCCUUGGAUGGAAAAUAAAAUUGGCAGAUUCCCUUUGUUUGUCUUAGGGAUCCAGUUUAGACAAGGUGGACACUGGACUCAAGGCUGGUACAAUAUAAGUGUUGGAAAUGUGUGAAACUAUCAUGACAGAAGUUAAUGUUAUGCAUCACAGGUAAUUUUAAAGCACACACAGUUGUAGAAAAGACAAAUGUUUUAAAUGUUAAAGAAAAAAAGUUGAAACAAAAAGUAAUCCUAGGACAUUUAAUUACACUGAUCAAAUAUGAAUGCUAUUUACCUGGGCUAAUAAUCACUGAAGUGAUCAUUCUCGAUCAGUGGCCAGAGCAACUGACGAACAAUGAUACGCUAAUUUGUUUUAUGAUGGCAAAAAAUGUUCAUGGUCAGCAGCUUCUCCUCCCGUGUAAACUGGUGUCGUCUGUAAUGGAAACCACUUUAGAUGAGAAAAGACAGUGAUCGCUGGCAUGAAUUAAAAUCCUACAUUUAUUGUACCAUCCUUAUGCAAGUCCUGUGCUUAUAUCAGCAAAUGGCCCCCAUUUUAUCACUCUGCCGGUGUAAAAGACCUUUAGUUACAUAAAACCAAAAUACCUGUUCCACAUUGCCACUGUAAUCCAUCUUGAAUCCCUUGUUAACUUAUUUAACAAUGGAUUGGAAAAUGCAUUGUAUAGUUUUUCAAGCUUUUUACCUUUUGGAUUUGCGUCUAUGUAUAGACAUAUUCUACAAAAUGAAGAGAAGGUGUUCAGCCAUAUAGUAGAGAACAUAGGUAGGGUAAUAAAUACUAGUCAAGCAACAUAGAUGUCAGACGAUAGGCAGCUGGAUUAAAGUAUAAUGGUCUCCUGUCACGGGCCAAUAGUGGUCAUUGUAGUCCUUCAGACACCACACUAAACCUUCUCCGCACAUUACACUCACACCUGCCUCCAUUGAAUCUGAGCAAUUUUGCGAUGGAAAUUUUGGUGCUAUGGGCAGCUGUGCUUAAUGUUUUACUGUAUGUUUUUGUUUUUUGAUAUAACUUUUAGUUGUUGGUGUCUUUACCAGUGCCUCUGACGUAAGCUGAAUUAUCACUUUUACAUUUGUUUAUUUCUCAGUCCUGUGAACGUUUGUAAAUUUUACCUUUCAGUGGUUUGGUUUAGCGUGCCGAAAAUAUAUAUUUUUUUUUCUUGUUUAUUAAUAAACUAGACCAUUGUGAUUUUAACCCAUUGUAAAUGCAUGGCUGUUGCAGAAUCAUUUUUUUUUUUUUUUUUUUUUUUUUAAUAAUGUAUGUGCAUCUCUUUUUAUUUUUCCCCUAUACCCAUGCCCAGCCAAAUCUUCAAGAUAAACUAACCACUGGUAACUAUUAGCUAGAGAUUCAUGUCAUUCUGUACAUUUUAUCAAAUUUCAGUUUUCUAAAUCCAACUAUAUUCCCUGGGCAGACGUGGCACAGUUGUGAGGUCACAGCAACAGAAAAGAGGCUAGGUAGUCCUAUACUACAUAAAGCACAUAAAAGGGAUGGGAUGCAUACUUGUCCUGGAUCUUAUUUAGGAGGUGAUCAGGUUUUCCAUUUGUCCUGCAUCUAGUGUAUAAAGGCAAAGCAUGAUACAUCCAGAAGUGGAGAUCAUUCUGUCAAACCAUAUAACUGAGUAUUCCAUUCUGUGCAUAUUUUAACCUGUUGUAACUCAUAUUGUUUGAGGGCUAUCCUGGACAAAGACUGCAGUUCUAGCCUUUGGAGUAAGUUUACUCAAAAUACCAUGUUCAAGACUCCAGUCACUGGUGCUACACCACUGUAGAGCAGCAAAGCUUACUUCUGAAUUUCCGCUCCAUCCUGCUUGACUGUACAUAAGUGAUCUGAGUGACUGAAUGGAUACGGGGUGUAACGCUGUCCAUCACAUGUUGAGGAUGCGGCACAACUGCUUUUCAACUUUCCUUCCCUUGUUACUAGGCUCUUGCAUUUCCUGUCACUAGUGGAAGGUGGUUGUGCACCUUCUAUCAAUAUGUACUGUAAUUCUUUGUAUAUAGGAGAAAUCACAAUACUGUAAA